GUCAGCAUUCAAGUUUAGCGAGUUCACCAAGAAGUUGCAUUAUUUUUUUCUUGUAAGCAUAUCGAACGGAAGUAAAAUGUUGAAGAUUGCAGUUUUAUUCACACUUGUCGCUGUAACAAUUGCUGGAGUAAUUCACGAAUAUUCAGGAGAUCAUGCAGGCGGUGAAGGUCAACAUUAUGAAACAGAACAUCAUCAUGAAGUAAAUCAUAAGAACGCCGAAUCACAUCAAUCAGUGAAGUUUAUUCACUUCCAUGCAGUUCCUGUUUAUGUUAAGAAAGAAGAUCAGAAAUAUUUACAUCAUCCAGUUGAGAUUGGUUCCAACAAACAUAAGUUGAAGCUCAUCCAUCCUGAAACAGAACAUGCUAAGGGACAUGGACUUACGUUGGAGAACCACAGCGAACAUCAAAGUCACAAAGUAGAAUAUCCUCACGAAGAACAUCAUGUAGCAAGUGAAGGUGGAGCUCAUGAACAAUCCUAUGAAGUUCAACCGGAAUUUGACUUCGCAGCAUAUGAAGCAGCUCAUCAUUAAACAAGACAUUAAGUAGCCACGAUUACUUGCUUCAAACAUUGUGAUAUGAUUUAAGUUUAACAUUUUCCUUCAUGGAUAUUGAAACAAAUGUUUCUUUUACUUGUUAACAUCGGAUUAAUACUUCUUCGUUUAACUCAAAAUAAUACUAGUUUUAUUAAAAAAUAAAGGACAACAAAAAGUUUAUUGAAUCAAGUUA